UUGAAAGAACGAAGUGCAAAGGAACUGGAAGAUAUUGCCAGAGUACUGAAGCUAAAGAAGAUUGAAGCUAUUGAUCUUAGGGCCAGAAAGGAAAUUGUUGAAGUUCACACAAAGAUAGGGUCAGAAGAGGAUGAAGAAGUGGAGGAGGAGACAGUGAAAAGUCAAGAUACCACAUCAUUAAUUGGAAGUUUGAGCGAUCAGUAUGGUGGUGACACAUCUAACUUGUACAGCCAGCUGGAAAUGCACAGCAGAGAAGAGAAAAUAAACCAAAUCAUAUUGCUUCAAGACAUCAUCCACAAUGUCAAAACAGCCUUUAACAAAGAUUUUGAAGUUAUGUAUAGACAAAAGGAACAAGAAAUGGCUCGGGUGAAUGAAAGAAACCAAAGAAUACUGGAUAUCAUGUCUGAACUAAACAUCCAAGAAAAAAUUCUAGAGCCAAAAUUUACAGAUAAUGAGAAACCAGAGAGAGCACUCACAGUGGAGGAUUCUGAGAUAAAGGUUGAAAAAUACUUGACAGCUAAGCAAAAAGCCAAAGCAGAGCAGCAAGCUAAAGAGGAAGAAGAGAAAUACCUGGCUGCUCAGGAAGAUGAUGCUAAACAACGUGCCCUCAAUGAUAUGAUGGGAGGUGUUCUGGAAGUAAAGAAAGAAGAUAUUUUAAGAAUGGAAGUGCCAAGUCCAGGGUUUUCUGUCUAAGACUGAGGCCGAAUGGACUGAAGAUGAGAAAAAGCAGUUCAAAGAGUAUGAUAAAAAAUGUAAGGAGCUGAAUGAGGAGAAGGACAAGUACAGGAAGGU